CCAACACAGAAACUUUCCUUUCUGUAAAUUGCAAAAACCUGCCCUAAUUGAGUUUCUUUUGUUUCUUCUGCUACAACCACAUGGCAUAUUCCUGCACUUUGUAAAACCCUAAAUCUUUCUUUUCGUAAAUACAAAUCCCUGCGGAGUAAACAACCAUAUCAGUUUUGUCAUCAAAUCAAUCUCUUAAAACCCAAUUGUUAAUCUGACUUGGUUACCCAAUUCAGCAAAUGGCUUCAAUGACUGCCGAUUCAGCUCUCCUGUCCAAUUAUGCAAUGGCGAAUGCUUCGGCUAUCAAUUUGGGGAAAAGGGUAUUUGGGGUUUCGGUUUUGCCUCGAACAAUUGGGUUUAACGGGAGGAAAUUUGAAAGUUUUCGUACCAGGGCUGUGAUGCAGGUCGCUACGCCUACAAUUGUGGAGGAAUCGAAAAUGGAGGACCAUUUGGGUCUUAAUGUUGUAACAGAGACUGAAGUGAGGGAAAAGGGGUUUAUGGGGAUGAGGAAGACGAAGCUCGUGUGCACGGUGGGGCCGUCGUGCUGUUCUUAUGAGGAAUUGGAGAAAUUGGCAUUGGGAGGAAUGAAUGUGGCUCGGCUUAAUAUGUGUCAUAAUACUAGAGAUUGGCAUCAAGAUGUAAUUAGAAAGAUCAAGAAGUUGAACCAUGAAUUAGGGUUUUGUGUUUCUGUAAUGAUCGAUACUGAAGGUAGUCAAAUUCAUGUUGCUGAUCAUGGAGCUCCGUAUUCUGUCAAAGCAGAAGAUGGAUCGAUAUGGUUCUUCACUACUGAACGAUUCGAGGGUUGUCGCCCAUUCACAGUCCAAGCAAGCUAUGAAGGUUUUGCUGAAGGAAUUAAAGAGGGUGAUGAGCUUGUUGUCGAUGGAGGAAUGGCGACUUUUGAAGUUAUUGAAAGGAUUGGUAAUGACUUACGUUGCAAGUGUAUUGAUCCUGGCCUACUUUUACCCCGAGCUAAAUUGAGCUUUUGGAGAGAUGGAAAACUUGUCGAUAAACAUAAUGAGCUCCCAACAUUAUCGACAAAGGAUUGGUCUGACAUCGAGUUUGGAAUUUCUGAAGGCGUUGAUUUUAUUGCCAUGUCAUUCGUUAAAGACGCCGAUGCAGUCAAACAUUUAAAGAAUUACUUAUCCACCAAAAAUAAAUUGAUUAAGGUUUUGGCUAAGAUAGAGAGUUUAGAAUCUCUCCACAAACUGGAAGAGAUCGUGGAGGCCUCAGAUGGAAUAAUGGUGGCAAGAGGUGAUCUUGGAGUCGAGAUACCACUUGAGCAGAUUCCGACUGUCCAAGAGGAAAUUAUUGACCUCUGUAGGCAGCUCAAUAAGCCAGUGAUUGUGGCCUCACAACUAUUAGAAUCCAUGAUCGAGUAUCCGACACCUACACGAGCUGAGGUUGCAGAUGUUUCUGAGGCAGUUCGACAGUAUGCUGAUGCCCUGAUGCUUUCUGGUGAGUCGGCAAUUGGAUCUUUUGGAGAGAAGGCUCUUUCUGUGCUGUGUAUGGCUAGCAGUCGAAUGGAACUAUGGAGUCGUGAGGAGAAUCAGCGGCCAUCUCUUCCUGAACGUAAACUUGGAGUCUCGUUGCCUGAUCAGAUUGCUGAGCAGAUCUGUAACUGCGCUGGCCGAAUGGCAAAUAACCUCGGAGUGGAUGCCAUUUUUGUGUACACGAAGCACGGGAAGAUGGCAACGCUUUUGUCACGCAACCGACCAAACCCUCCAAUAUUUGCGUUCACAAACGAGAAAAGCACACAAAUGGCUCUCAAUUUGCAAUGGGGAGUCACACCCGUUCUGAUUGAGUUGUCGGAUGACAUGGAGGCUAACAUUACCAGAACAACCGAUCUCAUAAAAGCAAAAGGGAUGUUGAAGGAAGGAGACGCUGUUUUAAUAAUCUCAGACGUUAGCCGAACGUGUGCGACUCCAACCGUUUACCAAUCGCUCCAGGUUAAAGUUAUUUCUUGAAGUUGUAUUAAUCUCAUUUGAUGUUCUUAGAGAUGCUUCAAGUUCUUUUUUGUCUAUGUUUUUGUACACUUAGUUGCAAGGUUUUUCAGUUAUUUGGUUCCC